AUGCUCAGGCGCACAGUCCUUGGCAAUGGCAGGUUCGUUUGCCUGCAAUGCCGACUGCGAUUAAGUGGAAGCGUCGCAACUCGAAGACCAUUUGCGACACCAACUUUGACGACAAUCCCGACACCUCGAGGCCGUCGACACUUUGUCACCAGCACUAGCACGCGCUCUGGCAACGCCUCCGCCGCCGAAGGCGGAGAUGGCACAGAUGCUACGAGCGCAGCCAAUCCCUGGGAUGGCGAACAAACAAGUGAACGUACAAGUGAUCCUUUUGCAAGGUCAACGGAGGAGGUGGUGAUUCGACGAAUCCUCAGCCACGAUAUUCCGCUAAGCGAAGACGUCGAGCGUCGCACAUACAUGACUAGAGGCAUGCGCGUGAAGCCAAUGAACGAGACCCUUGACAUUGGAAUCAUGGGUGAGCCGGGUACUAGUCUCGUUCUGCGAGAGCAUGGCAAAUGGCUAGAAUAUGGCGCAGCUCGCGAACCCGAAUAUCAAUAUCGAGGUGUUCCCGGUAUUUCGGACGACGGCGACGACACUGGCAAACUAGCUGAAAUUCUUACACAGGCGCUAGAGAAAGAGAAUGACAACCUCACUUUGGGCGAUGUUAUUCGGAAUCUCAACGAAUUGAGACCAAGCGAGACUCAAAUUCUUUCAAAAAACAACAUCGAGGCCCUGGAGUAUUCUAUUACAACUUGUUUUACAAAAAUCCAGCUAGCAGCCUAUUUGCAGCACUACGAAAAGGUCCAGCGGCUGAACGAUGAAUCAAGGCUUUUGAACGGUUCUCCGUGGGUUUUGGAGCGGCGGCUAUGGACACCUAAAGCUGCUCAAGAGAAUACCGGAAACGGUAAAACUGGCCAAGAUUCUGUUCCUACCUCGAUGUCUUCGAAAAAGAAGCUUGCCCACUGGAUCGUGCAUUACUGUUGGCGCGUAUACACUCAGGAGACGGUCGAGGGCCUGGGCUACCUGGAGCUGAAGUUGCGCGACAUCGAGUUUGGGCUUCUUCUGGCCGGAGCCAAAAAAUGGCUGGCUAGCAUCUCGGCCGCCUUCAAACACCCGGGGAAACAGAUUGAACUCAUUCGCCCAGACAAUUGGGUCUCAAUUCUAGCGCCAAGGCGACCAGCGGAACUCAUGGUGGCCGAGAUCUCCAAGGUUCUUGACCGAGCCAGGACCGUCAGCCUUGACGCCAGACUUGUUUCGGCUGAGCCUAUAGAUCCUGCCAUCAUGGAUGAAGUUGGGCGCAUCACUAACACUGCUGUCCAAUUUGACUCUUCAACAAAUCAGAUUACCGUAUCCUGGGUUCACGAUCCCGAAAGGGGCGAGGAGCUCGAAUCCCCUGUCGAUGUCGUCUUGCGAUUUCUGCUACAGGUAUACUAUUCUGCUCCCAGUUCAUCAAACGCGCUAGCAGUCAUCCCGAAGAGAAACCCCAACGGCGGUCGAUACAUUGUCGAAUUUGGCUGCGAUACCAAACUGCCAUGGCAAAACCGGAUCAGGAAGUGGGCGAGAUGGGCCACUGCCGCCUAUCAGAACCAACAUUACAGGCCCAUAAAGGAAAAGAUACGGCCGAAACAUAUCCCAUUUCCCAUCAAGGUCAUGAGUGCUCCGAAGCCAAUGGUUCAGGAAAACAAAAGUAAAUCAGUCACCAGACACAUAGACAGCGGCUGGCCGCAAAGCGCAGAGAUCAGCACGAAAGCAAUUUUUGGCCACGUUCUCAGUGCCCUGCCGCGGGGAUUUUUGACUACUACUACGCGUCCGCUUAUGGAUACUUCCCUGCCGCGCACCUUCCUACCGACUCUCCCACCGCUGCAGACGCUCGAUCUUCCCACCAACUGGAGGCAAAGAGGCCAAUGGCCCGGAAUGCUCGUUCUGCGGUUCAUUCCCUCGCCGUAUCAGUCGCCGGAAAUUCGUGCGACUGCCCCGCCCCUUGAGCUCCUAGUAGAGCACGACAAUGACAGAGCUACGCGCCCAGUAGCCCUACGCGCUGUCACCGGCACAUCCGUCUUCGAUGCGCUACUGCCCGGCCGCCCUGUUGACGUGCGGUUCUUUCAGCAGCACUACUUCAACUUGCCCAGCACUAGCUUCAAGCAGCAUGCCGAGCCCGUGCUCGACUUCCUGGCGGGCGCCGAGCUGGAACCUUGGGCCGGCAAGUUGGUGACACCAUCCAACUUGAACGGCCUCCGAAUCCCGAGACGGCUACUGGCCCCCGCUCCUUCUGCUGUUACUACUGCUGAUACCUCGGCUGAAACAGAACAGGCUAAGGACAAGGGCGACGCCGAUCUCGUUUCUGUCGACUACCUGUUCGCCGCGCUAGAGAUGAUGAACACCAUCACUUCCGACCACAUGGGUUUCAAGCUAGUAUACAAGAGCGUCGAAGCAGGUCAGAGAGGAGGCAAGCGUGCAGAAGUAUCCCUCCACGCCGUGGCCGUGCCGACACCGAAGCGACAGCCCAAAUCCCAAGCCAAGGAAGACACUGCCGUUUUUGAAAUGCCCAUUGAUGUCUACUUGAGCACCGUCUCUGGAUUGGCAAGAGGAGCAGACCGGGGGGCAUGUGUAUUGCAAUGGGAGGUGCAGGAAGCCGCCGUUCACACAAAAGAUAUGUGA